AUAAAUAUUCUUGACCGCGUUGCUAUGUCGGCUGGAAACGACUACAAGAAAGAUAAGCUGCAAAUAUCUGAGAAUGAACAAAACAUAAAACAAAAUGAUCUUCCUAAAGGUUGGAUAAUAAAACGCUGCAAACGAAGAAAUAAAUGGAAAAAAGCAUAUUUUGCAUUUAGUCAGGAUGAACUCAUAUACGGACAGUCAGAAGAGGCUCUGGUCAAGAAUGUUCCCUUAAAAAAUGCUCAAAUAAAAGAAUGUACAAAAGACGAUAAAGAAAAUGUUCUAAGCAUUGAAACAAAUUCAAGAACUUUUUAUUUAAGUUUUGACAGCGAGGAAAUUAGGGACGAAUGGUUACAAGCUUUAUUUACCAUUAAAGUCAUUGCAUGUAAACGUUUGGAUAAUUCCCAAGCUUGUAUUAUUCAAUAA